AUGUCGACACCUCGAGCAGCAAGGCAGCUUGCCAAUGGGCUGUUCCGACGAACCAACCCUAGAACACGCUUCCUUCCCAUCCAACGCAGCAUACACAGCACAAGCAAACCGGCCUCGCAAGCAGCCGCUGGCCAACCCAUUGUCGAAGCAGAGAGGCCCUCGGAAAUACCAGUCGUGAACCCACCGCUCAGCUUCNCCUGUCUGGAUGCCUUGGACAAGAAGACCCAGACCUUGACCAACAAGCGAUCCUUGUCCGGACCCGAACCGUCGUACGCACCAGGUGCAACUGAGACGUUCCACUACCCCUCGCCGCUCCUGCUGGAUUGGGGCGGUGUCUUGCCGUCCUUCGAUAUCGCAUACGAGACAUGGGGCAAGCUCAAUGCCGACAAGAGCAAUGCCAUCUUGUUACACACAGGCCUGAGUGCUAGCAGUCAUGCAAAGAGCACACCCGCAAAUUCCAAGCCUGGCUGGUGGGAAAGGUUUAUUGGGCCCGGCGCCCCUGUCGAUACCGACAAGUACUUUGUCAUCUGCACAAAUGUGCUGGGAGGAUGCUAUGGCAGUACUGGUCCAAGUUCCAAGGACCCCUUGGCCAACGACCAGCCGUACGCUACCCGCUUCCCUAUUCUUACCAUGCAGGACAUGGUGCGCGCACAGUUCCGUCUUCUUGACUGGAUGGGCAUCGAGAAGCUGUAUGCCUCUGUUGGCUCCAGCAUGGGUGGCAUGCAGAGUCUGGCUGCUUCCGUCCUACACCCCGAACGUGUUGGCAAGCUGGUCAGUAUCUCGGGCUGUGCUAGAAGUCACCCUUACAGCGUCGCUAUGCGCCAUACCCAACGUCAAGGUUCGUCUUUCUAUCUCCUCUUCUCUCUUACCACCAUUGUUGACCCCGUCGUAGUCCUCAUGAACGAUCCCGCCUGGUCAUCGACACGCGGAAACUACUACUCAGCCAUCCCACCCCACGCCGGCAUGAAACUCGCUCGCGAGAUCGCAACCGUGACCUACCGCAGCGGUCCCGAGUGGGAACUUCGCUUUGGUCGCCGUCGCGCUGACCCCUCGAAACCUCCUGCCCUAUGCCCAGACUUCCUGAUCGAGACGUAUCUCGACCACGCGGGUGAGAAGUGGUGCUUGGAGUACGACGCAAACAGUCUGCUGUACGUCAGUAAAGCGAUGGACUUGUUCGACCUAGGCAAGGAACACAUGGACAUGCUGGAAGGCGUGAGAGCAUCCAAUGUCCACAAGCUGGACCAAUUCGGCGCCGACAAACCCACUCCAAAACCAGAGAGUGGAGCAGCGGAUCUGUGUAACUUGACGCUGCCGGAUACACCUUAUGAGGAACAAGAGUCGACGGCGGAAAUCAUGAAUGAAAAUGCCGACAUCAAGGCUGCUGCUCAGGACAACGAGCCUCCUGCUGAUCUUGUCAAGGGUAUGCAGGGAUUGAGAGAUAUCCCUGCUUUGGUGCUGGGUGUGGCUUCUGAUAUCCUGUUCCCUGCUUGGCAGCAAAGAGAAAUUGCUGCUGCGUUGAGGAAGGUGGGAAACAGAAAGGUCACCCAUGUUGAGCUUGGCGAGGAUAGAAGUUUGUUCGGCCAUGACACCUUCCUGCUUGAUCUUGAAGGCGUUGGUGGUGAGUUGAAGAGGUUCUUGGGUUAG